AUGGUCAUUCUUUGCAAGUAUGUAGAUAUUGACAUAGGAGAGCAAAAAAAAGUGGUCUCAGUGAGGAUGCUCCCACGGGUUCUCAUCGUCUCCAGAAGAAGCAUUCGUAAGAACAAAUUCAUUAACUUCGUAGGAGAGUACCACUUAGAUUUGAUAGCCAACAAUGGGGCAGUUCCAGUUAUUGUUCCAAGAAUCUCACCCAUACAGCAGAUGCUAGAUGGCUUUGAGCCUUUUCAUGGAGUUCUUCUUUGUGAAGGGGAGGACGUUGACCCUUCCCUCUACCAGAAUGAGAAUUGUUUAUCCCAUGAUGAACUGGACGAAAUAAGGAAAUUGCACAGCAGUGAUACUGCCAUUGACAGAGCAAAGGAUUCCAUUGAAUUGCAGCUUGUCCAGCGCUGUCUGGAAAGGAACAUACCUUAUUUGGGUAUAUGUAGAGGAUCUCAGCUCCUCAAUGUAGCUUGUGGGGGAACCCUAUAUCAGGAUAUAGAGAAAGAGGUGUCUGAAAAAUCAGGCUUUGAUAUUAAGCACAUAAACUAUGAUAAUUAUGAUGGGUAUAGGCACCCUAUCAAAGUGGUAGAAGAUACUCCACUUCACUUCUGGUUUCAAGAUUCAUUACAAGGAGCCAAUAUGGAGAUUAUGGUUAAUAGUUAUCAUCAUCAGGGCAUAAAGAGAUUGGCAGAGAGAUUCAGGCCAAUGGCAUAUGCCCCAGAUGGUUUGAUUGAAGCAUUUUAUGACCCAAAUGCAUACAAUCCAGAGGAAGGCAAAUUCAUUAUGGGCCUGCAAUUCCACCCCGAAAGAAUGCGUCAUGAUGGCGAAUAUUGCACAGAGAAUGUUUUUGAUUAUCCAGGAUGCCCGAGGAUCUAUGAGGAAUUUGUAAAAGCUGUGAUUGCGUAUCAAGGCAAGAGAAUAGUGAAGAGUUAUUCUCUAUCCAAGCUGAUAUAA